AUGGGAUUCUCCAAAACAUCAUUUGCUCUUCUUUUCCUCUUCAUGACUUUACCUCUCUUGUUUCAAAUCUCUGAAGCCCAAAACUCACCACAAGACUAUCUCAACGCCCACAACGUCGCUCGGGGACAAGUCGGAGUCCCAAACAUAACCUGGGACGACACCGUGGCAACCUACGCUCUCAACUAUGUUAACUCCAGGACGAGUGACUGCAACCUCGUCCACUCCGGCGGGCCUUACGGCGAGAACCUUGCCAAAGGCAGCGGCUUAUUCACCGGCACGGCCGCUGUGAACCUGUGGGUGGCGGAGAAGCCGUACUACAAUUACACGUCUAACUCUUGCGUGGGAGGCCAACAGUGCCUGCAUUAUACUCAGGUGGUUUGGAAAAACUCAGUUCGUGUGGGAUGUGCUAGGGUUCAGUGCAACAAUGGCUGGUGGUUUGUGUCCUGCAACUAUGAUCCUGCGGGCAAUUAUAUUGGCCAACGUCCUUAUUAA